AAUUCAAGCGAAAACUCGAGAAUUUCGAGAGAGACAAGCUCGUGAACGUGACUAUGCAGAGAUACAGGAUUUUAACCGGACAUUUGGCUGUGAUGCGGACCCAAUGUACGCUGGGAUUGCUUCCUAUGACUCUUCUUCAAAUAGCGGCACGAUAACACUGAACACCCGACCACAGAGCCCGAGGGAAGGGCAGACAGUGGAAGCCUUGUACGCCCAAGUGAAGAAACCACGGAAUUCAAAGUCUUCACCUGUAGACAGCAACAGAUCAACCCCUAACAAUCAUGACCGGAUACAGCGCCUGAGACAAGAGUUUCAGCAAGCAAAGCAAGAUGAGGACGUGGAAGACAGGAGACGUACUUACAGUUUUGAGCAGCCAUGGCCAGGCACCAAGACGUACUCACAGAGUGGCAGACACUCGGUAUCAGUAGAGGUUCAAAUGCAGCGGCAGCGGCAAGAAGAAAGAGAGAGUUUCCAACAAGCUCAGCGGCAGUACAGCUCAUUACCCAGGCAAAGCAGAAAAAACGCCAGUUCUGUAUCUCAAGACUCCUGGGAGCAGAGCUAUUCCCCUGGUGAAGGAUUCCAGACUGCGAAGGAAAAUCCCAGAUAUUCCAGCUACCAGGGAUCGAGGAAUGGCUAUAUGGGGGGACAUGGCUUCAAUGCCAGGGUAAUGCUAGAAACACAAGAACUGCUCCGUCAAGAGCAGAGGCGGAAAGAACAACAACUGAAAAAAAAAACUUCUUCUGAAGGGCCUAGCAACUAUGACUCAUAUAAGAAAAUUCAGGACCCUAAUUAUACACCUCCUAAAGGUCCUUUCAGGCAAGAUGUACCGCCUUCACCAUCUCAGGUAGCGAGGCUGAACAGAUUGCAAACACCAGAAAAGGGAAGACCAUUUUAUUCUUGAGGUGAAGAAAAUGAAGAUCAACUUAUCAUGCAAUAAGGAACACUUUCAUAUAAAGA